AAUUUCAGAAAAAAGAUACUAUGGAACAAUAAAUGAUAAAUAAGAAAAAAAAUCUAUGCUGAUAAUUCUUAAUUUAUUCCUUAACUAAAAUAAAAUACCUAAUAUUGAAGCCCAUCAUGUGAGCGCGUUUAUAAUUUCACCUUAGUAUGCACACAGACUUGCACACAAUGGACUUUGCCUCAUGGCACCUAGAUUAUGUUGAAUCCAAGCAGAACAUAUAUACUUGUUUAGUGAUUUAUAAAGAUUUAUCUUUUUUUCCAUUAUGAUAACUAUGCAAUUUGACAUUUCGAGAAGGCAUGGCUGUUUCUAAUGUCAAAGAGCUUUCUAGAGUGAGAAGAAGCAGAAGAGAAGAGGAGCAUGCAACCAUCUGUCUGCAGCAACACUCCCAGGGCAGGGGAGGCGAGAGAAUUCAAGAGGAAUUCAGGAAAGUGCUGAAGCCUGUGCUUGGCAAAGGGAAGAUUCACGUGAGAGCCAGGCUGAGGCUUCCAGUAUUAACUGUCUUUGUUUCUUUCUUUACUCUGUGUUAGGAUAUCAAAGAAAAGACUUAUUGUUAUUUAAGACCAUAUUUGGAUCUACUUAUCUUUUAAAGUGGAGUGUUAGUGAUAUAUUUCAAACCAGUGGGAAGAUUUCUAGGGGCUGGGGAGACAGCUCAGUCAGUAAAGAGACUCUGUUUAAGCUUGACGACAUAAAUUCAGACCUCCAGUAACCAUGUAAUAAAGCAUGUAGUGGCACAGGCUUGUAACCCCAGCACUGAUGGCAGAGACAUAAGGAUCCCGGAUGCUCAGUGAUUUGCUGUGUUUGCUUCAGUGAAAGACCCUGUUUCAAAAACAAAUUCCAUCGGAGUCAAGAAAUCUGAUGACAAACCCAAUGAUGUCAGUGAACUCUUUACUGACAUCAGGACAGCCGAGGGUCCCAAUGGUUCCCUCACCAUUUGGGCCUCCAAUUGUGGACAGAGAUGUCUUGUCUUCCAGUAUAGCUCCAACUGACCCAAGCCAGUUUUGUGUUCCUUCCCAAUUCGGAUCCUCUGGCCCGCCAAAUGCAAACAUGCCAAACCCGCUGUCUGGUCACUUCUACUCAGGCUGGGGCAUUUUACCACCUGAACCCAUAAAGACAGUGACCACAAGGAAUGAGAUGUUUGAAAGACAUCAUGCUGCCAGGACAGAAAUGGAAAUGUAUUCUCUUUACCAGCAACGUAGAAUGGAAAGAGUAAAUCCUAAAGGACUCUCUGGCCUGGGGAUACCACUCUUCUAUGGGUCAAGUUGCCUGGGUGGCCCCGCAGGUUUCCAGGGCAGGAGCACACUGCCAGCCAGUGAUGUGCAUCUGCACCGGAGCACCUUCAGACACCUUCAGGGAAACCCAAUUCUGCUAGCAACUAGACCACACUUUACAGAGUGCUGGGGCCAGAAAUACCGAGUCAGGAGAGGUUCAGUUUACCAGAAGCCUCCAGAGAGUGACACUGAGAGUUUCAAAAGCCAAGCAGAAGAAAAAAGCUCAGGCCAGAUGUCUGCAGUUCCCUACGAAGAGGACGAGUAUAUCAAAGAUCCAGAUAGUGAGGUAGACAACCAGCAGAAGUUAAGAGUCACUGAUGGAAAGCCAAAUACAGUCCUCGCCAACCCCCAUGGAGAGCUCCAGCCACACCAGAGAAAACCCUCUUCCCUGGAGGUAAAGCCAUGGGAUGAUGGGAAGGGAAAGCCCUCUGAACAGGAAUGUGAAGGUUGUGAUGCAAAGAAUGGGGUUUGCCUGCCCGUCUCCAUCCCACCUUUGCCAGGAAUACAGGAGCCGGUUGCACUUAGGGAAAACCAUUCUUUGUCUGAUAUUCAGAAGUGGACUGUGGAGGAUGUGUAUAACUUCAUCAGAAGCCUUCCAGGCUGCUCGGACUAUGCCCAGGUCUUUAAGGACCAUGCAAUUGAUGGAGAAACACUGCCCCUGCUCACAGAACAGCAUCUUCGAGGCACCAUGGGACUCAAGCUGGGGCCAGCACUAAAAAUUCAGUCUCAGGUCUCUCAGCAUAUGGGAAAUAUGUUCUGUAAAAAACUUCCUUCACUUCCCACCCAUGCAUGGCAAGCAUUCGAUCAGUCAGCAGACGCAGCCCCUCUUCUGGAUGUUAGUUCCUGGAGUGACAGUUUGAGCAUUCCUGGUUCCCAGGAUAUAAUGAGUCCUAAAAGAACUGAGCAAGACGUUAUGAGAAACUAAAAAUACUCAAAGACACAGAAGUCCAUCUCAGUUUUCUAGAGUUCCAGAUGUCACUAGCACAGUGUGAGACCUUCCUGGGACCAGGUAGUGGACAAACAGAGCAAGACCAUGCUCAGAGUUUUCUUGGAAACAUGAUCUCACCCAACAGGCUCCCUGCCAAGCUGAAGCAAACCAAGCACCAAGGUUCUGAAGAAUUGCCCUUAGAAGAAAAUCCUAAUGGGGAAGGUCAUUUACAAACAUCUUGCAAGCUACAAUCUGAUGGUUCUGUGAGGAAAAUUCUGAAGAAAUUGAGAGCAGAAGCUGAAAAGGAACUCCUUCUCCUCAUUCCUUCCAUCAUCCUGAUGGGGCUGCAGGUGCUGAUGGGAGGAUGCAGGGCAAAGCUGAGCAUAGACUGCACCUUAUCUCAUGGCCGCAGCAUCUUGCCUGGAGUGGGCCCUACAAGGAUGAAGUUAGGAUGAAGUUACUGGAGGGGAGGGGAGGGGAAAAGUUAUCUGUGCGUAACAGGUUGGAACUUGAGAGAAGGAGGUAAUAAUUAAGGUGGCUGGGUAGGCUCCAUGUGGAGUCCCAGUCUUCCAACUCAAUAUUUGACAGAAUGACUCUAAAAGGAGAGAGAGAGAGAGAGAGAGAGAGAGAGAGAGAGAGCGCAACAGUUUGAUCAGAGUUUGAUCAGAGAGGGCACUGGCUGGCAAGCAUAGGAAGAAGUCUUAUUUUGAAUGUUCUGAAUUAUAAGCCAUGAUAAUGUGCACAUGACAUUCUCCAUUCAAGUAAACAAACCCCAGCCCCGAGUCCCAUUGUGAGUGUGCUUGCCCUUGCAUAGCCCUCCCCUUAGAGCGUGCUGGACCAAAGAAACACACCUUCCUAAUGAAGCACACCCUUAAAAGCUGGCAGGGAUAACUCCUGUGGCUUCUGUCCCAUUUCUAUGUCAGUUUUCCUCUCCAAGCAGCCCUGGUUAGAGAACCUCAUGUGACUAACAUUGACAGUGAACACCCCGGAGCUGCCAAAAGCCACCUGCCUUUCAGGUGUGUGAAAGUGCUGUACAUAAGUCUUGGUCCACAGCCUGAUGCCAGCUCACAAGACUUUGGUCCAGGCUCAUUGCCAAGCCUCUGCUAGGUCCUUGGCCACAGAACUGUUGUCACAAACUUGCUAUUUUCAGUCACUGCAUUUCAGGGUCCUUCAUAGCCAUGGAGAACUGAAACACAUAGAUUUAACUUACUGACACAGAGAGCGCAGUACUGAGUCGGCUCUUGGUCUGGAAGGUGGACGUCCAAGCCUUUCCCCCAGAGUUCUGUUUUGCUAAUUUGGGUUUUUUUUUUCCCUCCAUGACAAGUGUUUUGUCUUAUAUAAAACUUAUUUAUGCCAUUUAUGUGUUUAUGCAGGUAUUAGUGUGGGUUUAGACUUUGAAAUUGGAAAGAGCAAACAGAGAUAUGGAAGAAUUCAGUUGAGGACCAUGGCCAUGUGUGGUGUGAGUGGAAAGGAGGAUCCUGGGAGUGGGAGGGCACUGGGGGGGGCUCAGGGAUGGACAAAGGGGUAGAGGAGAAUCAACAAAACAGUCUUUGCUUGAAAAUCCCAUCAUCAAACCUAAUACUUCAUGUGUUAACUUUUAAAUUAAUUUUUAAAAGCCUGUCAGACCAUCAAAUGUGGUUGCAAAUUUCUAGCUUACGCUCUUUAUUGCUCUGCUGAGAGUCAGUCAGAAAGCAGAAAAUCCCCACAACGUUCACAUUUUUAUUAAUAUUUCUUAAGAUAGCAAUAGGCCGGUGGAUAUCAUGUGUUUGGGGUUUCCAUUAAAAAUAACUUGCAAAAUA